AUGCCAAAUGGCUCUUGGGACUCUCACCUCCACGUACUGGACCCAAUUCGUUUUCCGCCUAUUCCGGGCUCAUACGAGUUCGGUACAUACACAGCCUGGGAUGCCACUAUCGAAGAAACUCGGCUCGGCUGCUCACACAUGGUUCUGAUUCAGCCGUCCGUCUACGGAAAUGACAAUACCUUGCUCAUUGAUACUCUCAAGGCAUUCGGGCCGAACAGAGCCCUCGGUGUUAUUGUGUUUGACGUGGCCAACACAUCAGCUGCACAGCUUCAGGAAUGGAACGAUCUGGGCGUUCGUGGUGUGCGGUUGAACUUUCAGUCGACGGGUGAUGCACCGCCAGCCAAAGAGCUCAGAGAUAUGAUGCAGCGGUAUGCAGAUGCAAUCCGGCCUUUUUCCUGGGUUUUGCAGAUUUAUAUCGCUAUGAAGGAUAUACCAACCAUUGAGCCCGUGAUUCCUACUCUGGGAGUCAAAGUCGUUAUCGACCAUCUCGGCCACCCAGAUAUCCCAAAGUCUAACGGAUCUGGGACUGCUCUCGACCCGCACACUUUGUCUGGAUUCGACUCGAUGUUGCGACUCCUAAAGGGAGGUAACACUUGGGUAAAAGUGUCCGCCGUUUAUCGCCUUUCCCAAGCUCCGGGGCCAUUAUACACUGACCUUGAUCCUAUUAUACUUGAAAUCUCCAAAGCAGCGCCGUCUCGACUCGUGUAUGCCUCAGACUGGCCGCAUACCAGAUUUGAGGGGUUGGAUAUUAAGCUUUGGACCUCACAUCUACUUGACUUGACAGGCGAAAGAACAGAGCUGAGGAACAAGCUCUUUCGGGACAAUGCACAAGAGCUGUGGAUUGAAUGA